AAGAAGUAAAUUAAUCAAAAAAAAAAAAAUCUGAGAAGAGCAUCGCCAUCAUUCAUCUUCUAUAUUGGUCAUUAAAUGAGUUGCUCUGUGUAUUAAAUGCUGCAGCUCAGCACCUCCACCCACCCAUCUCUCUCUCUCUCUCUCUCUACAAUUUCCCCCUCAUUCAAAUGGCCAUGCCCACCACCCCCACCCUCCGCCUCUCCCAAUGUCCACCGCCCCCCCGCCGCCCCUAGCCGCCGCCACGAAACCCUCCUUCUCCCAGAACCUCACCUCCAUCGGCCUCGGCUACGCCAUCGCCAUCGCCCUCGGCUUCCUCGUCCUCUUCUCCACCAUCCUCCUCUCCUCCUACAUAUGCUGCCGCUCCAUCGCCGCCCGCCGCCGCCGCCGCAACCCCAGCCGCUCCGCCGAGAACAGCGUCUACCUCCCGCGGAUCAUCUUCGUCGCCGAGGACGACGACAGCGAGGGCCAAAACGUCGUCGCCGGCCUCGAUCAGGCCGUCAUCAACUCCUACCCUAAAUUCGUGUUCACGAAGAGGAGCGGCGCCGCAGCGGGCGACGGCGUCUGCUCGAUUUGCCUCUCCGAUUACAGGGAAUCGGAGAUGCUGCGGAUGCUGCCGGAUUGCCGGCACUGCUUCCACGUCAUGUGCGUGGACGCGUGGCUGAAGCUCAACGCGUCCUGCCCUGUCUGCCGGAAUUCGCCGCUGCCGACGCCGCUGUCGACGCCGCUGCAGGAGGUGGUGCCGCUGUCGCAGUACUCCGACGGGCGGAGGAGGGGUUGAUUUGGGAAUUAGGUAGUGUUUUAGGGGUGGAAGUGUGAUUUUUGGGUUUAGGUGGGGGUGGAAAUGUAAAUAGCCUUUUUUGGUUAGUUUGGAGCUUUGUGGGAGUUUGGCGUUAAUCGGUCGGUUUCUUAUUUCAUCCUUUUGGAAGUUGCUUUUUUCAUAAUUUUUUUUGUUUUUGUUGCCCCUUUUCGGUGAUUAAUGGAUGUGAUUCUAUUUAUGGA